CGGGCGUUACUGCGGCUGCGCGGUGCCCCAAGCAGGGGGAAUCAUGUGGCGCCUUCCAGGGCUGCUGGGUCGAGCCUUCCGCUGUCUCCCCGAGCCGGGCCUUAGAGAAGCGACCACCCGGCUGCCCAGCCAAGAUGAGCCCGCUUCUGUUUCCAGCCCAAGGCCCGGCCCAGCACGGCGGGAGCUGCGCCGGCCCCCAGAUCGGGGCUGGACGUGCCGGUGGUUGUCCAGUUGUCACCUGCCGCCUACGGCGUGGGAUGCUCUUUCUUGGGGAGCCCUGGCUGUGCUGGCGCUGCAGCUGGCCAGGCAGGUCCAGUUCCGGGCCCGGUCGCCCGAGUCCGAGGGCACUGAGUCGGAUGGCCAGAGGGCCCAUCUGUCCUGUGCCCGCCCCCCAGCCCGCCGGCUGCUGCAGGAUUUUGCGCUGAGGAGAAAUGUGCUGCCCGAGGCCCGGGUCCUGCGCCCGUCCCCAACCAGUGCCCAGGGCUCCGGGGCGGAGCCACCCCUGGACCCUCCGGAAAGCGGCCACUCUCGGACUGCAGAGCCUCAAGGGCCACGGGGAGAAGAUCCCGGCGUUGGCUCCUUCCUGGACGUUGACCCCGGCUCAGGUCUUGAGGCUGGGGUGGACCAGGGCCGGGUACCAGAUUCAGGGCAGGAGAGGGCAGGGCCCGAGGGCUCCCUGGAAGAAGCUGCCAUGUCUCUACAGAAGCUGUUCCAGCUCAGCAUUGCCUUGGUGCUCAACGUCUUGGGGACGGAGAGCAUGAGGCAGGGCCGCUGCGGGUCCGCCUUCUCCUGCUUCCGCCAGGCCGCGGCCCGCGGAUACGCCAAGGCGCAGUACAACGCCGGGCUGUGCUUGGAGCUCGGGCGGGGCACCGGCCGGGAUCUGUCGCAGGCCCUCCUAUACUACCAGCGCGCUGCCAACCGGGGGCACCUCCUGGCCCAGUACCGCUAUGCCCGCUGCCUGCUGCAGGAACCGGCCGCGGCCGCAGAGACCGGGCUCCAAGAGGCAGCGUCCACGCUGGAACGCCUGGCUGAAGCAGGCCUGACGGAGGCCCAAGCUUUCUUAGGGGUGUGGCUGAUCCUGGGGCCGGACCGCAAUGAGCGGAGAGCCGUCCACUUCUUCCGCCUGGCAGCUGCCAAUGGGGACCCCCAGAGCCAGUACCACCUGGGUGUGUGUCACGAGCGGGGCCUUGGGGUCCAGCAGGACGUGGGUGCGGCAGUGCGCUGUUACCAGCAGGCAGCCGCUCAGGGCAGCCAACAGGCCCGAGAGAGACUGAGCCUCCUCCUUCCGGCCCCCGGAACCGGCACGGCCUCCGUGGGACGGAGAUGCUUUUCCAGCCCCUCCCUCCGCCUGCUGGACCCCAGGCCUGCCUCCGGCCCCUUCCUUCCUGCCCAGCUUCCCCAUUCCUGGAGCACCGGUAGCCUGGGGCUCCCCUGCGGGGCCGGGGACUCGGCCGGAGCGGGGACCCUGGCAUUUGGCCAUCAGGUCCACGAGGGGCUCUUGGUGCGCCUGGGGUUUGGGUAGGCCAGGGCAGCCCAAACCUGGGGAUCUGGACGAAGCAACCCCUCCGCGGGGUCCUCUGGACCACCCCGGGCUGCGGGGUGGAUGGUG